CGGCUGGCGAUGUAUGUUCAGACAUUUACCACUGCCCAGAACGAAUCAGUACGACUUCUUCCACUGGUUAAAGAAAACACCGGCGUGACCCAUGUUAUCAUAUCCUCUUUUCAUCUCUCGACUCAAGCGGGAGAGAUUCAUUUGAAUGAUAACCCGCCCAAUUCAACUCAAUUUGAUUACCUCUGGCAUGAGGUUAAAAAGCUCCAAGCAGAGGGAGUUAAAGUCCUGGCAAUGCUGGGCGGAGCUGCAAGAGGGACCUAUGACAAUUUGAGCUCAGGAGAUCCUGCUACAUUCCGCCGCUACUAUGAGCCAUUAGUACGCCUGCUGAAGCAGUACAACUUCGACGGCAUCGACCUGGACAUCGAGGACCGAAUCUCAUCAGCCGUUGCCCUGCGCCUAAUCCAGAAUAUCCGGCAGGACUUCGCACCCCCAUUCUCCAUAACCAUGGCUCCUGUAGCCACCGCUCUCAUCAACAAUAAUACCAACAAUAUCUCCGGCUUCAACUACUUCGAGCUGGACGCCAGCGCCGUCGAUGAUUCCGGCGCCCCGCUCGUCGAUUGGUACAACACCCAAUUCUACAGUGGCUUCGGGAGCGCGGGCACACCGGGCACAUACCGCCAGAUCAUAGCCCAAGGAUGGGCUCCCGAAAGGGUGGUGAUGGGUGUUCUUGAUAGUGCGAGUGAUGGCAGUGGAUGGGUUAACACGAAUAGUAUCGUGACGACGAUCCAGGAGUUGAGGGCGCAGUACCCCGAUUUUGGGGGAGUCUCAGGCUGGGAGUACUUCAAUGCUGGGUUGCAAGAGGGGGUGGGGACGGAACCUUGGCAGUGGGUGAAGGUGAUCCAAGACGCGCUAUAUGCCCCGCUCUCCAGAAGGUGGCUGGUAAAAUGAUGAAAUAAUGAGAGACGAGAUCUCCCUCUGUACAUAUGUACAUCUUGGAAUAAAAUAAAUCAUAAUCUUUAUUUAUCCUAUAAGCAAG